AUGAGCAGCGUGAGCGUCCUCGACAAGACGCCGCGCGUGGCCGAAGAGACCACCAAGUACCCGCGGGCCGAGCGUCUGGGCGAGCUCAAGUACGGCACCGCAGGGUUCCGCGAAGACGCGGGUCUGCUGGUGUCCACGUGUCACCGCAUGGGGAUGUUGGCGGUGCUGCGGUCCAAGAGCGUGGGGAAGAUCGUGGGCGUGAUGAUCACGGCCUCGCACAACGCAGCGAGCGACAACGGGCUCAAGAUCAUUGACCCCAAGGGCGACAUGCUGCGCCACGAGUGGGAGCAGUACGCCGUGCAACUGGCGAAUGCCGCGCAGGACGCGGUCGUUGAAGUGCUGGACUCGAUCGUAGCGGCCGAGAAGAUCGACUUGGACCAGACGGGCAACGUCUUUAUUGCAAAGGACACGAGGCCGUCGAGCGAGCACCUGGCCGAGCUGACGCGCGAGGGGGCGCUCGUGAUUGGCGGGAACGUGCUGGACUUUGGACUGCAGACGACGCCGCAGCUGCAUCAUCUCGUCCGCAUGUGGAACUACGAGCAGUACAACAAGGGCGACUGGGCGUCCGAAGUCGGGUACUACAAUAUGCUCGGCGAUGCGUUCAAGCAGCUCACCGCCACGCACGACUCCAAGCGCUUGGAGACGCGGUCACCACUAUAUGUGGACUGCGCCCAUGGUGUCGGUGCGCUGCAGGUUGCUAAGAUGGGCAAGGAUCUGGGAGACUCGCUUCGUCUUGAAAUCGUCAACACGCCCAGUGAUGGUGAGCUGAACCUCCAGUGCGGCGCUGAGCACGUGGAAAAGUCGCGCCAGCCGCCUUCCAACAUGUCACGGGAAAACGACCGUGGCAAGCGUUACUGCAGCAUGGACGGCGACGGCGACCGUUUGGUGUUUCACUACUACGACGAGGAAGGCACGUGGCACCUGCUGGACGGCAACAAGAUUGCUUGUCUGUUUGCCGAGUUCCUGUCGGACAAGCUCACCGCGUUGGAGCUUGACCAGGAGGGUGUGACUUUUAGCUGUGUGAUGACCGCUUACGCGAAUGGUGCCGCCACUCAGUACCUCCAAGCCCUCGGCAUCAACGUGGUGCAGGCCAAGACUGGCGUAAAACACUGCCACGAGAAGGCGUCGCAGUUCGACAUGGCUGUGUACUUUGAGGCCAACGGCCACGGCACGGUAGUCUUCAAGGAAGCGCUAAUGGAGAAGCUGCACAAGUGGGAGAACACGCUGCACGACGAGCGUAAAAAGCUGGCUCUGUCGCAGCUGCUUGCGGCAUCGCAGCUCGUGAACCAGGCCACCGGCGACGCCAUUUGCGACUUGUUGUUCGUAGAAGCACUGCUCAUCCAGAAGAAUUGGAGUAUCAGCGACUGGGACGCUAUCUACAAUGACCUGCCUAGUCGCCAGACAAAGGUGAAGGUCACAGACCGAAGCGUGAUCAAGUCGGACGACGAGGAUGAGGCCAAGGUGCUGGCCCCAGAGAGUCUGUGCUCGGCGCUGGACUCUACUUUGCAAGAGUAUGCCAACAAGCGCGGCCGUGCUUUUGUCCGCCCAUCGGGCACCGAAGAUGCAGUGCGCGUGUACGCCGAAGCGGACACGCAGGAGGAUGCUGACGCCCUUGCCCUGCAGUUUGCCAAGCUGGUGCAUGAGCACUGCGGCGGCGAGGGCGAUGCACCCACUGAUUUCGUGGCUUAG